GAACGAUCUUUGCCUAAACUUGUACAUAAAGAAAUGGAAACACAGUAUAUUGAAGAGGAGAAGCUGCGCGUAAAUGAGUUGAUCCGUCGUCUGGACUCUAUCCCCGUCCUGAAGAGUCUAACCGCUACUGCCGGACCCGUUCAACGUCGAUUUCGCAAGCACACAAUUCGAUCGGUUCGUGCUCCACGAGUUGAAGAAGCCAAACCCGCUGUGCCAGAUCCGGAUUCCGAGCUUUGGUCGAAGCAAUACGGUCUUGAGUCGUCCGGUUGUGUACCGUUAUUACCCGGUUCUUCCUACGGCUCACUAUCUCCCGGUCAGCAGUCUACAGUACGCAUGGACGCGUACUCAUGGACGGAUACGAUGGUUACGGCCGCGGCUUACCACGGCCAUGGAAUAAAUCGAGACGCGGUCCGUUUGGAUUUCACGUUAGAAGAUAAGUCUUUGACUGUUUAUUUGUACCAGUUCGUUGGGGGACUGUAUGAAAACCGGAAAGAUCGGAAACGACUCAAAGCAAUGGCCCAGUAUCUGCAUAUUCUGAAAUAA